AUGUAUCAAGAAACCGAUUUUAAAAAUACAAUGCUCGAGCUGGAAAAUGAACACAAUGUGCCAAUUGUUAAAACUUAUGAUUUUAUUGUUGUUGGCGGUGGAUCAGCAGGUAGUGUGUUAGCUGGAAGAUUAUCAGAAAGAUUCGAUGUACUACUUCUGGAAGCAGGCGGCACACCACCACCCGCUGUAGAUGUUCCUCUAUUCGCAUCAGUCAUCUCACAGAGUCCAUCUAUCAACUACGAUUUCACGUCUGUUCCACAAACUAACGCAUCUUUAUGUCGCAACGGAAUAAUACGAAAAACCACUGGAAAAAUGCUCGGUGGUUCUGGUUCACACAACGUCAUGAUACAUUCAAGAGGUAGUCCAAAGGACUAUGACAACUGGGCAUCGCUAUUAAAUGAUGACAGUUUCAACUAUACAAAUGUGCUCAAGUAUUUUAGGAGAAUGGAAACCUUCAUUGGAUAUAAAUUUGGGGAUGAAGGCGAUGAGUAUUAUGGGAACGAUGGACCGAUCGUAGUAGACACACACAUCAUCCCUAUGCUUGAUUUAUGGCUACUGGCUGGACAGGAACUAGGAUAUCCUACUGGUGACUCAAACGGGUUCCAACGUGAAAGUUUUGCGCCCUUCAACAUAGCAGUCAAUAACGGGAGACGAUCUAGUUCGUAUGCAGAGUAUAUUCGACCGCAUGAAGAGUUAAGGAGCACAUUGACAGUGCAUCGAUAUGCAAACGUUUCACAGAUCUUGCUGAACGAUAAAAGGGAAGCAUAUGGAGUGACUUACAUACGGAACAGAUUCCCACAAAUGGCCCUUGCACGAAACGAAAUUAUUUUGAGUGCUGGUGCAUUUUCCUCCCCCUUGCUGUUGAUGAAAUCGGGAAUCGGUCCAGAGAGCAUUUUAAAUGAGGCAGAGAUACCUGUGAAAGUGCCACUGGAAGCCGUAGGAAAACAUUUACAAGACCACACCAUGUUCCCGUUGUUCGGGUUUUCAACCAAUGAUUCGUCGGCUUUCCAAAAAAUUGAUUCUUCUGAAAUCGAGAAAAUUAUGACAGAUUUCCAUAAUGGAAAAGGACCUUUGACCACAACUGGAGUAGGCUGUCAUUCUUUCAUAGUGUCAUCAAAAGCAGAUCCGCACUGGCCUAAUUUUAGAAUCGAUUUGACUGUGGGAAUGUUGGCCCAAUUGGCCGAAACAAAGCCCACUGUGGGAUUUAUCGUUGUUCUUAGUAGACCGAAAAGUAUUGGCUCCUUAACGAUGGACACAGACAAAUAUAGAGCAGGGAUAAGAGACGAUGAACAAUUGGCUAUAAUCGAUUACAACAUACUGACGCAUCCAGACGAUAUCGAUGUGAUCUUAGAAGGCAUCCGAUUGGUUUUCAAUAUUAUCGAGACGCAAGCUUUCAGAAGCAUCAACGUGACUUUUAUCGGUCAGCCUGAUCCUGCAUGCAACCAAUUUAAAUUUUUAUCUGACGAUUACUGGAAGUGCAAAAUUCAGCAAGAUGGAAAUAGCUGGACUCAUAUGGCUGGAACGUGUAGCCUAGGGCCUGACACCGGUCAUUCCAACACAUCUGUCGUGGACACGAAAUUUAGGGUACGCGGUGUUUCUAAUUUGAGAGUAAUCGAUGCUUCCGUUAUUCCUGAAAUUACCAACUCAAACGUAAAUGCACCAAUUAUGAUGUUGGCCGAGAAGGCAGCUGAAGAAAUUAUGAAUUCCUAUUCUGACCCGAAUGGAACUGGAUAACUGAUCGACAACAGGCGAUUAUUGCUGUUAUCCUUUAUUGCUUUGUGUUUGACUUUCAACUAUUAAAAAUCAGGAACUACAUUUCAGAAUGAGGCU